GACAAAACAACAAAAAGUGAGAAUGGGUGCAUUGAAGGGUUUGGUUACCAGUACUUUGGUCUUGCUGUGUAUAUGCACAGAGGCUUCAGCUCAAACCGCAUUUACAGCAUCAGUGUUCACAAAAACAUCCAGGAGUGCAACUCUCCAAUGGAACAGGUAUGAUGGAGCCAGCUCAUACCUGAUCACUGUGUCCCUAGAAGGCACGCAAGACAUCAUUGCUUUCACCCAAUUUGGUGAAAAUACAGUCAUGGGCACUCUCAACUCUCUCUCCCCGAACACCUUAUAUGUCUUCACGGUUCAACCUCUGGAUAUUAACCAAAUCCCACAGGACAUGACAACUGUUCAGUUAUUAACAGCACCUGAGUUGAUGGCUCCCAUCCAGAAAGUCAAGCCAAAGGACAGCCAAACCUUAAUAGUUGAAUUUAACUUGGUCACUGGAGCAACUCAUUACAUUGUACGGGUCCAAAGUUCUGAUAGGUCUUAUAGAGAGGAAAGAGUUUAUUCAUCCCCAGCCGAGAUCAAUUCCCUCAUACCGUACACUGAGUAUACAUUGAGCAUCAUGGCAGGGAAUAGCGGAGGCCGCAAUCAGCCGUCUCCCUCUGUGACGGGAAAAACAGUUUUACCUCCUCUUCAGCUCUCCGCUUCUUCUCCCAGUAAUGACAGCAUUGUUAUAUCCUGGGACCCCAUUGACAGUGCUGUCCAGUACACUGUGGUCAUGUACGAGGUUUUCUCCAACACAACCAUUAAACAGAACACGUCCAGCACCAGUGUGACAUUCUCUGGACUGGAUGCUGGCUCACUCUUCAUGAUAAUGGGGUAUGGCUGGGAUGCUGAAGAGAGAAAGGGAGAGGGAAGUUUGUACAUCAACCAGACAACACGACCUCCAAUGCCGGCUUCCGUUGAUGUCUCAGUGGUGAUGAGUGCCGAUCAAGCUGUACUGUCUGUGUCCUGCGAAUCAAAUCAGGAGGCUUACGGCAACAUAGAGUACUAUGUGAUGAGUGAUCAGAACCUCACUUGUAACACCACAUCCAGCCCCUGCCUCCUCUCACCAGUUGGCUGUGGUGAGGUGCAUAUUAUCCAGGUUAUCGCCUCCAAUGACGCAGGGCCUGGCUACCCAUCAAGCCCUGUUGAGUUCAUCACCUUCCCCUGCACACCUGAAUCUUUAGCUUUGGUGGAGUCAAUGGAAGGAAACUGCACUCUGUCCUGGGAUACAGAGCCCUAUGCGGAUAGCUACAUGGCCUACAUCAAGAAAGGGGAUGGAAGUGAGGAGACAUGCAACACGACUAACAACAAUUGCACCUACCACUGCCAAUGCGGCUAUAUGUUCCAUAUGUAUGUGUUCGCCUACAACCAUGCCGGCUCCAGUCCUCAAGGACCUGUUGUCAACUAUACCUCAUUGCCCUGUUGUCCAGAGGAUGUGUCCGUCUCCCUGGUGAGCACGGAAACUCUCGAGAUCACAUGGGCAGCAUCUCGGGGGGCAGAUCUCUAUGAGACUCGAGUAGCGGAUAUUUCAGAAGUCGUCUUGUGCAAUGACACUGCACCGGUGUGCGCCCUCUCCGACCUCAGCUGUGAUAGCGCCUACAGUGUGGUUGUGACACCCUGCAAUGACAUGAGCGGCUGUAAUUUUGCAUGCAAUGCUCACACAAAAGACACAGCUCCAUGCAUGCCCAUGUAUAUCCAGCUUGAUCCCAAAAACUCAUCCUGUGUCAGCGUGAGCUGGAGAGCAAGCAACCGUGCUGCCAAUUACAGUGUGAGUGCAAUGGGAGAAGAUGGCACACACACCUGCAUCUCUAGUGGAAGUAGCUGUGAGCUCACAGAUCUGCCGUGUGGAUCCAUCUAUGAGGUCACCAUCAUAGCAACAAGCGUUGCUGGACAGAGUUUACCCAGCUACUCUGAAACACUAGAAACAGAGCCCUGUUGUCCAGCCAGUCCCACCGUGCACCAGGUCACUCAGGCGAUGACCAAUGUCUCCUGGUCUCACGCUAAAGGUGCUUAUUCAUUUAUCAGCUCCUUGACAUCACCGCAUGGUCACGCAAGCUGCCACACCCAGGACUUACACUGCCUUAUGGGAUGCAUCACUUGUGGCACAAACUACACAGUCACCAUGGAGGCUUUCAGCCACAGCGGACGCAGUGCCAACUGCACCUAUCAGGGCUUCUCAUCCAGUGCAUGUUGUCCAUCAGGUGUCAGGGUGUACAAGAUGGCUGGAAACUCUUUGCGGCUACUCUGGCGCACCGCUGGCAGCGAUCACCGUUACGUAGCUGAAAUGAUGGGCAGCAGCAACUACUACAACUGUACUACAUCUGCAGGAGAGAGCAGCUGCAAUAUUGAAAACGUCCAAUGUGGGGACAUUUAUCUUGUAGUGGUGGCUCCAUUGACACCAGAGAACAGCAAAGUCUCAUUUUGUGCUCAGAGAGUUUACUCAGUCACUUGCUCAGGAAGUGAUGUUGGUACAGUGAAUUACAGAGGCAAGAGAAGUGUAGAUGACUCAAUGGUAAGUACUAUAAAUAUAUUGCCCGUUAAAUUUGUAUUAUUAUUUGUAAUGUUCAAAUAAAAACAUCAGGUCAUGCGGGAUUGAUGUCUAAAAUGGUGUUGUGUAACUGCAUCUAUUUAUUUUUUUUAUCCACAGCUUGCUGUCAUAUGAUAUAACUAGCUCACUGUAAUUCAUCGUCAUCAGACUUGUCCCCCUCCUGCAUCAUCCCUCCUCCUUUGGAUGAAAAUAAUAUCCGCCAAUUGUAAAGGCACCUUAUCAUUUGUCCCCGUAGAAAUGGUAGUUGUUAAUCUUCCUGAUCGGAUGUGUCAUGCUGAUUGUGUAUCUUGUAACCCUCACAUUAAACUAUUCUAACAUAACCAAGCAUCCAGCACUCACGUUUAGUCAAGGAUUUGAUUAUGAAGCACAAAUGGGUACAGUUGACCUGCACUGGUUACAAUAGCUUAGAGGGUUGUGAAAAUAUGGAUUGAUGCUCAACUACCUGCAAUAUGAUAGCCUCAUUUUAAAAAUAGUCACAUACUGUAGGCCUGUAUUGUAUGAAUUGAGAUCUACUGCUUAAAAGUCGGCGGCACGGUGGACGACUGCUUAGAGCGUCAGCCUCACAGUUCUGAGGACCGGGGUUCAAUCGCCACCUUAGGGUGCCCAUGUCUGAAGCCUCAAUGAUAAACACUUAAGAAGGCUAAAUCACGUGACGACUAAAAGCUGUACCAAUCUGGUAAUUUUAUACAUUUGAAAUAAAAAAAAAUAUAUAUAUCAUUUUGACAAUUGAUCCAUCCAGACAAUUUUUAUAGGAAUUACCCCAAGUAGGA